CCUCCGCGGCGGCGCGUCCCCGCCCCGGGGCCGGCCGGCGGCGAGGGGCGGAGGUUCCGCGGCGGCGGCGCCGGGUGCGCUGCAGGGUCAGCCCGGCCGCCGCGGGGCCGCCAUGCCCGCCAAGUCCAAGUACAACCUGGUGGAUGACCGGCACGACCUCCGCAUCCCUCUGCACAACGAGGACGCCUUCCAGCACGGCAUCUGCUUCGAGGCCAAGUACAUCGGGAGCCUGGAUGUGCCGCGGCCAAACAGUCGGGUGGAGAUCGUGACGGCCAUGCGGCGGAUCAGGUAUGAGUUUAAAGCCAAGAAUAUCAAGAAGAAGAAAGUGAGUCUCAUCGUGUCAGUGGAUGGCGUGAAGGUCAUUCUGAAGAAGAAGAAGAAGCUUCUUUCAUUGCAGAAAAAAGAAUGGGCCUGGGAUGAGAACAAAAUGCUCGUUAUGCAUGAUCCCAUCUACAGGAUAUUCUAUGUGUCGCACGACUCCCAGGACCUAAAGAUCUUCAGCUACAUUGCCAGGGAUGGGUCUAGCAAUGUCUUCAGGUGCAACGUCUUCAAAUCCAAGAAGAAGAGCCAAGCCAUGCGCAUCGUGCGGACUGUGGGGCAGGCGUUCGAGGUCUGCCACAAGCUGAGCCUGCAGCACACCCAGCAGAACGCGGACGGGCAGGAGGACGGAGACAGCGAGAGGAACGGGGACGACCUGGAUGUCCCAGCCUGCCGCCUCUCUGCUGCGGAGAGGGCGGCCGCCUCGGCGGAGGAGACGGACAUCGAUGCUGUGGAGCUGCCGCUGCCCGGAGCUGACAUCCUCGACUUCAGCCGCGGGGUGACCGACCUCGACGCCGUGGGCAAGGAGGCGAGCGCCUACGCCGAUGCCAAGGGCUGCCUCCAUCCUGAAGAUAUCCUGACUGCGUCACCCAAGAUGCUGCUGCCCUCGUCUGCCCAGCUGCCUGACCUGGGAACGCCCCUCUCUGCCCACCACCAAAUGCAGCUUCUCCAGCAGCUCCUGCAGCAGCAGCAGCAGCAGACGCAAGUGGCCGUGGCACAGGUCCACUUGCUGAAGGACCAGCUGGCCGCGGAGGCAGCGGCGCGGCUGGAGGCCCAGGCUCGCGUGCACCAGCUCCUGCUCCAGAACAAGGACUUGCUGCAGCACAUCUCGCUCCUGGUCAAACAGGUGCAGGAGCUGGAGCUGAAGCUGGCAGGGAACACCACCACAGGCUCCCAGGACAGUCUGCUGGAGAUCACCUUCCGCUCCAAUGCCCUCCCCGUCCUCUGCGACCCGACCACCCCGCAGCCCGAGGACACCCACCCGCCACCGCUGGGCCCCGGCUCGGGCUUCCCCAGUGCCCUGGGCAGCCCCAUAGUGGACCAGAGCAUGUUUGAGAACGCCAAUGUCAGCACGGCACCCACCCCACGGUCACAGCACGUCCCCACCGUGGCGGGCACCCCGCUGCAGCCCUCCCGCCCCGCCGGCAGCCAGCACCUCCGCAACCUGGGCAAGGCCGUGGGGGCCAAGGUGAACGACCUCCUGCGCCGCAAGGAGCCGGCCGGCCUCCCCAGCGUGGGGGUGAUGGAGGUGAACGCCAGCGCCGGGGCUGUGCUGGGCAUGGGACAGCCGGCCAGCGAGGACGGGGCUGUGGGGCUGGACACCUUCCCCCGGCUGGACCCCCCACCCCCUGUCACCAAGAAGCGGACACCACGUGCCCUGAAGACCCCGCAGGACAUGCUCAUCGCGCCACAGCCGGCAGGGACCAGCCCAAGGAGCAGCAUGGAGGAGCCCCCCGAACUGCCCGCAGCCCACUCUGACCCAGCAGAGGAGUGGCCGGGGACGAGAGACCCAUCCCCUCCAGAAUGCUCUGGGGUGCCCAGCAUGACCAGCACCCCAGAGCCGAGCGGGGACCAGCCUACCACUGCCCUCCCCGUGCCUGACCUCAUCCAUAAGGGCAGCCUGGAGAGCCAGCGGCGAGUGGGCGAGAGGGCCACUGAGACCUCACCCCGCAUGGAGAAGCCCUCCCGGAGACCAGGGCUGGAGCGUGAGCCUCUGGGGAGCACGGGGCCGCCGGAGCCAUGCACUCCUGGCCGGGAGGUGGAGGGGCCCCAUCCUGACCUGCUGUCCUUUGAGUAGCAGCAAGGGAGCCGUGAUGGGGGCACCAUGGAGGCUGGGUCUCCCAGACACGUCUCUCACUGCCACUUUUGGGUUCAUUAUUUUGGAGAGGGGGAGCCCCAGGGUGGCAGGAGCCAUUGCUGCUCCAGCGUGGGGUGUGGGGAGCCAUGACACCCCAUUUCUCCCCAGGUUCCCAGGAGAGGCACAGCCUGUCUUGCCAUGGCUUCUGUAGUCCCAUCCCAGGCCCAUUCACCCAUCAUUGCAAAGCUCCCGUCCUGCCCAAGGUGCCACCAUCCUGUCUGCAGGGGCCACGCUGAGCUGGGGACUGAGGGUGGGCUUGCUCAGCAGCCUGGGUCCUCGUGCAUGGAUGCAGAAACACCAGCCUGCUCCCAGCCCUGUCAGCUGUGCUGGGGCGAGUGUCCCAUGAGUGUCCCCCACGGUUCUCCACACCGGGACUGGUUGUCCCAGCCUAGAGCACGUCCCAGCUUACAUCACGUGCUUGCUGAGAUGCCCCGUCCCGGUGCGCCAGCAGGUUCACCCAGCUCUAGUGCCAGUGCCAGGGAGCCGGGAUGGCAGGCAUCCCCAAGGCCUUCUGGAGAAAGCCCUUGGCGUUAGUCCCCCCCAGUGCCAUCUCUCUUUGCAGCGGAGCCCCAGCCACAGGAGACCCGCUCACGGUGCGGGCUCUGGCAGGAGCAGGGCUGGAUGCCUGAGGCCGCACGGCUGCUGGCCACUGGGCUCUGGGGGGGAGUCAAGCUCUCCGUGAGACGCUCCCCGUCCCCGCCCCCAGCUUCUGCUUGUCUCCUGGUCUCACGGCAGGCAGCACGCUCCAUGCGGGCCAGCGCCACCGCUUUCCUUUAUUUCCUGGGAAGGUGAUGUCUUCACGAGACUGGGACACAAGAAGUCGUGCGGUCCUUUGAUACUGUUGUAUGAUUGUUUCCCCAUGAAUUACAGGAGAUGUUAGCCAGCCUGUGGACCCCUGGGCUGGUGCAAGGAAGCAGCUGCGAGAUGGCACUUUGCUUAGGGCUUUUAUGUGCAUCCUCACUGCAAAGGUAGCUUUGAGAGGAAAAGCUCCAAACACCAGUUUGGGACUGGAGGAGGCUAGGGGCUCAUGGAUGGGGCACCUCUGCUCGUAGCUCCUCCUGGACCACACAGGGCAGUUGGGCUGAAGAAAUGUCUUCUAACCCCAUUGUGGUCCUGCUGAGAGGAGGAGGCCAUGGGCCUGACACAUCGCUUCACCCAGGGAGCAGGCACCAUGCCUCCUUGCCCGUCGGCGUGCCCAGUGCCAUGGUGGUGCCGGGGCUCUGCACUGCUCGGCUCCUGGGGUGGCUCUGCUCAAGAGCGAAGGAGGUGCCAGAGCUGUGCAAAGCCCGCGGCUGGCUGGCAGUCGGUGCUGAGCACGCCCUGUCUAUAAUGUGAUUAUGCUGUGCAUGGCUGAUGCCACUCCAGAAACAGAAAUCUAUAUGAGUAUGUAUAUGUGUAUGCUGCCUAGACCCUCACUGCAUUGUAUAUGUUGAUGGAAACAAGGGCUUGUAGCCCCUCUUUGAGGGACCAGCAUCUUCCAACCCUGCCGAUCACAAGGGAACCUCACUGCUGGUCCAGUCCCUCUAUUUAUGUUGUCUAGGAUGUGCAUGUAGUUAGGGACAAAAGAUGCCGAUUGCACAAUAAAUUUUUGUUUCUUUUUUUACCCACUGA